UCAUUUAAAUCCCUGACUAUAAAAUGGGCUUAAAGAGAAGCGGGAUCUCAGCUGUGCUGCACAGACCCCGGCACGCAGGGUGCGUGGGGGCCCCCCGGCAGCCAGCGCCCUGCAGCACAAGCCGCUGCGAUGCUCCACUCCGUCGGCGUUCACACCUUGCAGCUGCUCACCCAGGCGGCCGCCUGCAUCCUCCUAUUUCCCCGCUUCCUGCUCACCGCCGUGAUGCUCUGGCUCCUGGAUUUUCUGUGUAUUAGGAAGAAGAUGCUGACGAUGCCCACGGCGGAGGAGGCGGCCAGCGCCAGCGAGGAGCCGCCCCCCGACGACCCCCCGGUCUGCGUGUCCGACUCCAACCGCAUGUUCACGCUGGAGUCGCUGAAAGCCGUGUGGCACGGGCAGAAGUUGGACUUCUUCAAGUCGGCGCACGUGGGUUCCUUGGCCCCUAACCCCGAGGUGAUCCAGCUGGACGGGCAGAAGAGGCUCCGCAUCCUGGACUUCGCCCGCGGCAAGAGACCCCUCAUCCUCAACUUCGGCAGCUGCACCUGACCCCCGUUCAUGGCCCGCCUGCGGUCCUUCCAGCGCCUGGCCGCGCACUUCGUGGACAUUGCCGACUUCCUGCUGGUGUACAUUGAAGAAGCACACCCCUCCGACGGCUGGGUCAGCUCGGAUGCAGCCUACAACAUCCCCAAGCACCAGUGCCUCCAGGACAGGCUGCGGGCAGCUCAGCUGAUGAGGGAAGGGGCGCCCGAUUGCCCCCUGGCCGUGGACACCAUGGACAAUGCUUCCAGCGCCGCCUACGGUGCCUACUUCGAGAGGCUCUACAUCAUCCAGGAGGAGAAGGUGAUGUACCAGGGAGGCAGAGGACCAGAGGGCUACAAGAUCUCGGAGCUGAGGAGCUGGCUAGACCAGUACAAAACCCGGCUCCAGAGCCCCAGCACGGUGGUCAUCCAAGUGUAAAAAGGACCUGGCAAGAAGCGCAGGGGUGGAGAGGCGAGGGAGGGCGAGAGGAGAGGUGGGGAGGGAGAAGGCACUGCGUCGCGGAUGGCAGGAGCUGUCUUCCCGUGGGGACACUCGAAGGAGGCUGCUGUGCGAGCUUUCGAGCAAGACGUGCCAUAGUCCUUUCUCUAUUCAAAUCAUGUUGAUUUGCCAGCCACGCUCUGUCAAUACUGUAUUUCCAUGUGCGUUUUGUAAAUAACUCUUUCUUUUUUUCUUUUUUUUUCUUUUUUUUUUUUCUUUUUUGCGUUUACUAUUUUUUAAGGAGGCUCUCUUCCUACGGGAUCUGUUCCCGGCUGCGUGUGUGCGCGGGUGUGUGUCUGAAAAGUUGUGUACAAGUGCUCCGUGCUGCCUAGCAAGUGCUAACUGGGAUUUCUAGUAUUUCUUUGUGAUGACCGAUUUUGAAAUGGGUUUCUCUAAUGCCAGGAAAUCGCGUCUGAUGUUGUCAAAUACUAGAACUGCCAAUAGCCAGAGCUGGACGGAAUGUCCUAUUUAUGUGGGGGGGGGGUUUUGUAAGACGUUCGUUCACCUUCCUUUUUUUUAUGAAUUUUUUAAAAUAAUAAAGGUUGAGUAACUACA